UCAAAUACGAAAACUGAAUUUUAUUAUUUUUUUUUUUUUCAAAAAUACAAUUAAAUAUUUUCAAUAAUUAUUAGCAAGAGAAACUAGAAACUAGAAAUAAAAGGAACAACAACAGCAGGGAGGCAACAAAAUAAUGGCUGACCACAAGAAACUCGAAAAGCUUCGCUCAAAAGCAAAAGAAAUGCAAAUCAGAUAUGCACCGUUACAGGGCAAGAAGGCUACAUUCCAUGUAGCGCCCUCGAGCCGGCGUCUAAGUAUGAGUGAAAAUAAAUCUACAUGUUCCACGCAUACCAUGAAGACGGGCGCUUCACUCAUACCGGACCUGAAUAAAUUGAUUAAUCGCGUGCGUGAAUAUCCCGAUGAUCGUUUCAUCUAUCUGACGUAUAUGCUCAGCAAGUCGAGCGAAUAUUUCACGCCUUACAGCUUAAUGGAAGUGGAAUAUCAAGAUCUACCAAAUAAACAUCAAUACUUCACAAUGAGCCGUCACGGCGUCACCUAUUGGCAUUUGUCGGAGAACUUCUUCACACCACUCACACAGUGGCAACAGGAGUUUCAACAAUUCCUGAGCAUCAUCAAAAUCCACAGCUUCGCUGUGUUUCGUGUGUGGAAGGGUUUCAAAGUUUGGGAGAAGACAGUUAAGUGGCGCAAGCAGAACGAUGCACGCAAUUAUUUGCGAGAGCAUCUUUUCAUUGCCAUACCACCGUUGGCCAAAGCAAUACUACAAUUUCGUGCGGAUAUUGUGCAACUGAAUAAGCUGUCCUUUGUAAAUGUGGCAGUUAUCGAAGAAUGGCAUCCAUUUUAUUUUCUCGAAACCCAAAUGCGUGUUUACGAACGUAUGAAAACGACGCUGCGAGAAUUUCACGAUCGUUCCAAAACGAUGAUUUUUGACGCUUGCACGGCAGCCAUUGUACAGCGUGGCUUCUAUCCUACGGAUGAAAUUAAUUUUUAUCCAUCCAUAAAGAAAAUGAAGGAAGCUAUGAAUUUCACGGAUCGUGCGAAGAAGCGAAAUUUCUGUAAAAUGCUUUCGAAUUUCCUAAGCUAUUGUGACAAUCUAAUGUAUCACAUGCUACAUCAGUUGACGGCGAAAAGUUUUCACGCUUUGGUCGAAGCAAUGGAAGUGCAUCACAAAAUUGCGCCAACUAUGGAUGAAUUGGAUGAAAAUCAACGAUUGGAUGAACAAAUUGAAGCACCACGACCGGAAAAUAUGCCAGCGACACCAUUUUUCAUUGCUGAGUUAUAUAUGCUAACGGAUCGUAUUGAUGUGGACCCAUCGGAAGAUGUUUUAAAACAUAUUUUCCAACGAAUUUCCUCGUUGAUCUUAGAAACUGUCACGGAUAUGGAGAAUUAUACGGAUGACAAACUGUUUAAUCAAUACACAGAACCAUCCAUUAUGGGUCGUCAGGAGGAACGUUUAGCAAUGGCCGCACCUGAUUUGAAUUUUCUCCUGCGUACCGAUAAACAAUUUCAGGCAGAUCGCAAACUUAUCUUCUUCUACAUACGUAACGCCUAUGAAAAAGCCAUGUCCUAUGCACAGCGUUUCGAAACUAUACGUACAAAUUAUGAGAUCGAUAUGACCACGGAUCCUAAAAUAUUGACAUCGGAGCGAGAUCUGGACGCAUUGCGCGCUUACUGCCAUCGUUACUGCAACAAUGUACGCGCUUUGGAUGGCAUAUUGUCGAUAGUUAAUUUGGGUCUCCUCAAGCUAACACAGACGAGUUUUAAAGAAACCGUUACGCCCAUUUGUCAGAGCCUUCAAACUGUGCUUGCUACAUACAUACCGAAACUAGCCACCGAAGAGGUGGAACGCAUUACACAAGAAGCACACGACGUUAUCGCGCUCAUACGUUACGAGCCCGAGACCACUUUGGAAAUAGUCGAACACAUUCGUCUGUUGGAUCGUAUUGAUGAAGAUUUGAAUAAACUCUUCGAAGAUGUUGAUUAUGCACAUGAUUUAUUCAUGAUAAUUAAAGACUUUGAAAUACCCUGCGACGAUGAGCGACGUGAAGACUAUAUGGACUGUGAGGAUCUGGUUAAUCGUGGUAGUGAUAUGCUGAAAGAGGCGCAAGCGAAACGACCCGAUUUCGUUAAACAAUUAGACGAACGCAUGUUGGCCGAUAUAGAGAUUUUGUAUCAGGAAGUACACGAGAUCGCGCUCUCGGUACAAAACGCGGAAUUAUUGGAGAUAAAUACCGGGAGCGCCAAAGCGAAGGCCAUGCUCGAUGAGCUGUAUAAACGACUGAGCGAUUGUAAAGAGCGUGCUGAGGAGUACAUUGGUUAUCAGAAGGAGUUCAAGAUCGACAUAUCGCAAUUCUUCGAAAUGGAUAAUGCAUUCCAAGAAAUACGUCUGCGCACCAAUUUAUGGCAUUCUCUGGACGAAUGGUUUGCUGCGCUGGAGACUUGGGUUGACAUGGAAUUUAAUCAGCUGAAUGUUGAGGAAAUGAAUAACUUGAACUCGAAAAUAAUCAAAAACUGUCUACAAUUCGAGAAAUAUCUACCAGCAAAUAAUAUAGUGCCCAAGAUGAAAGUCUCCGCUGAGGAAUUCAGACAAAAGCUGCCCGUCAUUGGUUUCCUGCGAAAUCCAAAUUUCAAGCCGCGCCAUUGGAACGAUAUAGAAAGUGUACUCAAUAUACGCCUUUACCAAGAGGAGGGCAUACGUAUAUCCACCUACGAAGCGGCUGGUGCUUUUGAGCCUGACAAAGCAGCCUUGUUGAUGGAGAUCUCAGCACAAGCCACCGGUGAAUCGCAGCUUGAGACAAUGUUGAGAAAUAUUGAAAAUAUUUGGAAGGAAACCGAAUUGUCAAUCGUUAAUCAUCACGAUCAGAAGGAUGUGUUUGUAUUGGCCGGUACAGAGGAGUUGCAAGUGAUCCUGGAUGAUUCAACUGUGAAUAUUAAUACAAUUGCUGCUUCGAAAUUUGUUGGACCCAUACAGACGAAAGUGCUGGAGUGGAUUGAGCUCAUGGAGUUGUUCAAUGAGAUGCUCGAGGUCUGGAUGAAUUGUCAAACAACAUGGAUAUACCUCGAAGCGAUAUUCUCCUCUCCAGACAUACAACGCCAGCUGCCGCAAGAGGCGAAAAUGUUUUUCACCGUCGACAAAAGUUUCAAGAACAUCAUGCGUCAGGCUAAAAAGGUGGCCUUGGCAUUACCGGUUAUGACCGAUCGCAACACGUUCGAUGAAAUCAAUGAAAACAAUCGUCUGCUGGACUUAAUCAGUCGCGGCUUAGAGGCAUACCUCGAAGUGAAACGUGUCGUAUUUCCAAGGUUCUAUUUCUUAUCCAACGAUGAGCUUUUGGAGAUUUUAGCACAAACACGUGUACCACAGGCGGUACAGCCACAUUUGCGCAAAUGCUUUGACGCCAUCUAUCGGCUGGAGUUCGGCCAAAAGGAGAGCGGUGAUGGUGGCAAGAUGAUACCGACUAAUGACAUAAUUGCCUUCAUUUCGCCCGAAGGUGAGAAAUUACUCUUCGGUAAGGGUCUUAAGGCGCGCGGCGCUGUCGAAGAGUGGCUGAGUAAGGUGGAGGAGGCCAUGUUUAUUGCGGUAAGGCGUUACAUGCGUUUCGGUUAUCAAUGUUAUCCGGCCAAGGAGCGUGAUGAAUGGUUUCAGGAUCAUCCCAAUCAAGUGGUGCUUACAAUAUCACAACAACAAUGGGCUGCCGAUAUUCAUAUUAUAUUGGACAACACUAGAACUGAUGGAAAUACCAAAGUACAAAAAAUGAAGGAAUUCGAGAAGAAAUGCUUUAAAAAUUUAGCUGCUUUGGCAGCUCUCACGCGCAGAGACAUCACACCGUUACUUCGAAAGGUUCUCUGCGCGCUCAUAACAAUCGAUGUACAUGCAAAGGACUCUGUUACUCUCUUGAUCGACAAGGCGGUGACGAAGAACACCGACUUUAAUUGGCUGAAGAUGUUGCGUUUCUAUUGGAGCAUUGACACAGACUCUGUCUAUACUCGCAUGGCAUCCGCUAAUAUACCAUACUAUUAUGAAUACUUGGGCGCUGGUGGUGUGCUGGUAUUAACACCACUAACAGAUCGUUGCUAUCUCUGUCUGAUGGGUGCUUUACAAAUGGAUUUGGGUGGCGCGCCAGCUGGGCCCGCUGGUACGGGUAAAACCGAAACUACAAAAGAUUUGGCGAAAUCUGUAGCGAAACAAUGUGUGGUCUUCAACUGUUCCGAGGGUUUGGACUACAAAAUGAUGGGACGUUUCUUCUCCGGUUUGGCACAAUGUGGUGCGUGGUGUUGUUUUGAUGAGUUCAAUCGCAUCGACAUCGAAGUGUUGUCUGUGAUUGCGCAACAAUUGAUCACUAUACGGAAUGCGAAAGUUAUUAAUGCCAAGCGCUUUAUUUUUGAGGGACGCGAAAUUAAAUUAAAUAAAUCUUGUGCAGUCUUCAUCACCAUGAAUCCUGGUUAUGCUGGUCGUACUGAGUUGCCGGAUAACCUGAAAGCGCUCUUCCGUCCAAUGUCCAUGAUGGUGCCAGACUACGCGCUCAUCUCGGAAGUCAUACUCUACUCGGAGGGCUUCGAAUAUCCCAAAAUACUCGCACACAAAAUGGUGCAAAUGUACAAACUGUGUAGCGAACAGCUGAGCCAGCAGAAUCACUAUGAUUUCGGCAUGCGUGCGGUCAAGUCUGUGCUGGUUAUGGCAGGUGCUCUAAAGCGUGCUGCACCCGAUCAACGUGAAGAUAUUACAUUGAUCGCCGCGUUACGUGAUUCAAAUAUACCAAAGUUUUUGGCCGAAGACGCAGGUCUAUUCCGUGGCAUACUUAGUGAUCUGUUUCCGGGCGUGGAACUGCCCGACUCGUCACAUCCAGACUUGGAAGAGGGCAUGGUUGAGGGUUUGCGCUUGAAAAAUCUACAGCCCGUGGCGAUCACACUACGCAAAGGCAUACAGCUGUACGAGACAAUGUGCGUGCGUUGGGGUGUGAUGUUGGUGGGCCCUACUGGUGGCGGCAAAACGACGAUAUUGCACAAUCUGGCGUUUGCGCUGAAUUAUUUGUAUGAGAAAGAAGUAGCUGGACCAAAUUUUCGGCCUGUCACAAUGCAAACUAUGAACCCGAAGGCGGUGCAUAUAAACGAGUUGUAUGGUUAUGUCGACUCUAAGACGCUGGAGUGGCAAGAUGGUCUGCUCGGCUUGGCAGUGCGCACAGCGGUGAAUUGUGAAGAGGAAAUACACCAGUGGAUUAUAAAUGAUGGUCCCGUCGAUGCUGUGUGGAUUGAGAACUUAAACACCGUGCUGGACGACAAUAAAAUGCUGUGUUUGGCAAACUCGGAGCGCAUCAAAUUGACUGCAUGGGUGCAUAUGGUCUUCGAAGUGCAAGACUUGGCGCAAGCCUCACCAGCCACAGUGUCACGCUGUGGCAUGGUUUAUGUCGAUCCCGAUGACUUAGGUUGGCUGCCCUUAGUGGACUCAUGGCGUGCGAGUGAGAUUGAAUCGAAAUUGACUGUCCCACAAAUGGAAUUUCUCUAUCAACUCUUCGUCAAAUAUUUCAAUAAACUAUUAAAGUGGGCCAACAAAUAUGGCACUUACAUGAUACACCAGGUGACAAGCGCCAAAAUGCGGUUACUCUGCGAACUUUUAGCCUCGUUGAUAGAGCAGAAAAAGUGGUUGGAGUCUACAGAUGCUGAAUAUAAGCCAUUGAUAAGUAAAAUGUUUUGUUGGUCGGUUUUAUGGUCGGUCGCGUCCAAUUUUAAAGAUUCCGAAAAGGACGGAUUUGAACGGCAAAUCAGAGAGGUUUUGGGUGGUGACUCUGAUUUCGAUUUUCCUUCGGGUACUAUCUGGGAUUACUAUAUCAAUAUGGAGACUCUGUUGUGGGAAGGCUGGAAUAACAUAAUUGAUCAGUUUGUUUUCGACCAAGAAAUGAAAUAUUUCGAUAUGCAAGUACCGACUGUCGACACCACGAAGUAUGGCUACGUAUCGGAGUUACUUUUUAUGCGCCGCUAUCCGGUUAUGUUUACGGGCGACACUGGUGUCGGCAAAUCCGUUUUAGCUACUUCCGUGUUGAAAAAACUCUCAAAAGGUAAUGUAGUGCCCGUGUUACUUAACUUUUCCGCACAAACGAGCAGCGCGCGCACACAAGAAAUGAUCGAAGCACAGCUGGAAAAACGAAAGCGUACACAACUCAGUGCGCCGUUCGGUAAAAUGGUAAUCGUGUUUAUAGACGAUGUGAAUAUGCCGAAAUUAGACACAUACGGCAGUCAACCGGCGAUUGAGCUGCUGAGACAAUUUCUCGAUUUCCAGGGCUUAUAUGAUCGGGAAAAACUUUUCUGGAAGGAAAUAUUGGAUGUUGUGCUCGGUUGUGCUUGCGCACCACCUGGUGGUGGCCGUAAUCCGCUGACGCCACGUUAUGUGCGCCAUUUCGCGCUCUUCUCUUUGCCGAAACCGAAUAAUGAUACGUUGACAACUAUAUUCGCCGGGAUACUCAGGGGCUUUCUCGAUAGCUUCUCUUCUGUCAUACGUCCGCUCUCAAUACCGAUAGUCAACGCCUGUGUAGACGUCUACUCGCGUAUCGCCAAGGAGAUGUUACCCACACCAGAUAAGUCUCAUUAUAUAUUUAAUCUGCGCGACUUAUCCAAAUGCGUACAAGGCAUACUGCAGGCCAGCAAUACUCAUUACAACCAAGAGCUACAGAUUUUACGCCUCUUCUUUCACGAGACUACGCGCGUCUUCCACGAUCGUUUGAUCAACGAUGAGGAUAAGGCCAUCUUCAAUAAUAUCAUGUAUGAAGUUUGCCUGAAGCACUUCAAUAGACCAGUGCUGAAGAAGGACGAGCCACCUAUACUAUUUGGUGACUUUAUGGUGUUCGGUAAACCGAAGAAUGAGCGUAUCUAUGAAGAGAUCAGCGAUCAUAAGAAAUUGGAGAGCAUAUUGAAUGAUUACAUUGAGGAUUAUAAUUCGAUGACUGGCAAGAGCAUGCGUUUGAUACUCUUUCAAGAUGCUUUGGAGCACACGGUACGUUUGGCACGUCUGCUACGCAGUGAUCGUGGUUAUGGUUUGUUGGUGGGCGUGGCUGGCAUGGGUAAGCAGUCAUUGACGCGGCUAGCGGCGCAUGUUAACGAGUAUAAAUGUCUACAAAUUGAACUGAAGCGAAAUUACGAUAUAAAUGGCUUUCACGAAGAUCUCAGAGUCAUCUAUCGGUUUGCGGGCGUGGAAAAUAAUCCCGUCGUUUUUCUAAUGAUCGAUACACAAAUUGUUGAGGAAGAAUUCUUGGAAGAUAUUAAUAAUAUGCUCAACUCAGGCGAAGUGCCAAAUCUGUUCGAAGGCGAUGACUACGAGAAAGUCAUAUUGGAUACACGUGAGGCUUGUAAUGCCGCCAUGGCUGGUGGUUGCAGUCGCGAUGAAAUCUAUAAAUUCUUUAUCAAUCGUGUGCGCAAUAACUUGCAUGUUGUGCUCUCUAUGAGUCCAGUUGGUGAUGCUUUUCGACGACGUUGUCGUAUGUUUCCCUCUUUGGUUAAUUGCACAACCAUUGAUUGGUUCUCAAAUUGGCCUACUGAGGCAUUGUAUUCUGUGGCGUUGGGUGUUCUACAAGAUAUUGCUACAGAAAAGAAGGAUCGGUUUGCUCUCGCAAGCACUACUGUAUUUAUGCACAAGACCGUUGAAGAGGCAUCGGUGCGCUUCUACAAGGAAAUGAAACGACAUUACUACACCACCCCAAGCAGUUAUUUGGAGCUACUUAAACUUUAUCAGAACUUAUUGAAGGUUAAGUCCGACGAAAUAAUUGCCAAACGAAAACGCAUCGCUAACGGUUUAAAUAAAAUUCUGGCUACUAAUGACAUAAUAGCGGUGAUGCAAAAGGAGCUGGAGGUUAUGGUGCCGCAGCUGGACGAGAAGUCAGCCAUUAUGAAACAGUUAGUCGAUCGUUUAAGUUUUGACACAAAACAAGCGGAUCAGGUGAAGGAAGCAGUGAUGCGGGAUGAAAAUGUUGCCAAGGAGAAAGCAGCCGUGUGCAAAGUCAUUUCGGAUGAUGCCAAUAAAGAUUUGGAAAUCGCUAUGCCAGCGCUGCGUGACGCUGAUGAAGCUUUGAAGAACCUCACGAAGGCAGAUAUUAACGAAUUGAAGUCCUUCACUACACCACCAGCGCUCGUGCAGUUCACCAUGGAAGCGGUGUGCAUUUUAUUGGGCUCCAAAACCGACUGGGCCUCCGCUAAGCGCAUAAUGGCUGAUGUGAACUUUCUUAAACGUCUCUUCGAGUACGAUAAGGAGCACAUUAAGGAAGAUGUGCUCAAGAAGUUGAAAAAAUAUAUUGAGCACAAGGACUUUUUGCCAUCUAAAUUGGAAAAAGUCAGUAAGGUCGCUUCGUCCGUGUGUAUGUGGGUCAUAGCUAUGGAUAAAUUCUCCAAAGUCUAUAAAGUGGUCGAGCCCAAAUUGAAACGCAAAGAAGCAGCGGAUGCCGAGUUGAAAGCCAUUAUGACCGUGCUGAAGCAGAAGCAAAAAGAACUAGCAGCAGUUGAAGCCAAAAUACAAGCACUACAAGAAGACUUGGAGGAGAAAAACCGAGAGUUCAAAACUAUACAAGACGCAGUCGAUUUGACCUAUGGUCGCAUUAACCGCGCUGGACGUCUAACCUCUGCGCUGUCUGAGGAGGAAAUACGCUGGAAGGAAACUGUGAAGACGCUAACACAAGAUUUGCAAUGUGUACCUGGUGAUGUGCUGGUCUCAGCAGCUUGUGUCGCUUAUCUAGGUGCCUUUUCGACUGAGUAUCGCGACGAGAUGUGUCAACAAUGGGUGGCCAAAUGUCAAGAGCAUCAAAUACCAUCUAGUGGGGAAUUCUUUCUGCUCAAAGUGCUGGGUGAUCCAUAUGAAAUGCGUCAAUGGACUAUGGAUGGUCUGCCCAAGGAUACCGUCUCAAUUGAGAAUGGUCUAUAUGCUACACGCGCUUUGCGUUGGCCACUUAUGAUUGAUCCACAAGAGCAGGCGAAUCGCUGGAUUCGCAAUAUGGAAAAGGCGAACGGUCUCGUGGUGUGCAAAAUGACAGAUGGCACACUAUUACGCACACUGGAAAAUGCCAUACGUCAGGGAUUCCCAGUGCUACUCGAGGAUAUCGAUGAAAAUAUUGACCCAUCCAUAAGACCGAUACUACAGCGCGAAACUUAUGUGCAUGAGGGCCGUGUCUACUUAAAAUUGGGCGAUGUUGUUAUCGAUUAUGAUCCGCAUUUUAAACUUUAUAUGACCACGAAGUUGGCGAAUCCUCAUUAUUUACCAGAAAUUUGUAUAAACGUGACGUUGGUGAACUUUUUGGUCACCGAAAAUGGUCUAGAGGAUCAACUUUUGGCUGACAUUGUCGCCAUUGAGCUACCCGCAAUGGAGGUACAACGCAAUGAUCUCAUAGUCAAAAUUAACUCGGACAAACAACAAUUAUUGGCUUUGGAGGACAAAGUGCUGAAACUACUCUACAAUUCUCAAGGUAACAUAUUGGAUGACGAGGAACUCGUUGAAACUCUAAAUGAUGCCAAGGAAACUUCACUCAUCAUUGCCACGCGUCUCAUUGACACCGAGGAGACGGAGAAAGUCAUUACGGCCACCCGUGAAAAGUACCGCUCACUCGCAUCGCGUGGUGCUAUACUCUAUUUCGUGGUUGCGGGUCUAGCUGAUGUGGAUCCCAUGUAUCAAUAUAGUUUGAAAUACUUUUCGCAAGUCUUCUGCAACGUUAUACGUCAAGAUCAUCCAAAGCAAACAAUCGAGCAACGCAUAACGCAAUUAAAAUUGGAUGAGUUGAAAGCGAUCUUUGAAAAUGUUUCUCGUGGUCUUUUUGAGAAUCAUAAGAUCAUAUUUAGUUUUCUCUUAGCAACAGCAAUCGAGAAACAGGAAGGACGCAUCUCACAAGCCGAUAUGAAUUUCUUGACACGUGGCCGUGUUGGCGCUGUGCCGCAUAAGGAGAAGCCGCAAGAGCUCUUACUAACCGAUGAGGAUUGGGAGACUUGCGUAUUCCUGGAAAUGGAAUUGCCGGAGUACUUUAAAGGAUUUCCCGAGGCAUUGACAAGACCUUUCUACUUGGAAAUAAUGAAUACCAGAGAGGUCUUUAUAUUCUCCAACUCAAAAGCGCCGCCUGUGGAUACAUGGAACAAGCGUCUCACUAUUUUCCAUAAGCUGAUGUUUAUACGCGUCUUUCGACGUGAGCGUUUUCUUCUACACGUAGUGCUGUAUUUAAUGGCGACCGUGGGUAAAUACUUCACGGAAACCUCCGCGGCAGGGAGCCAAUUGAAAACAGUCUUCGCGGACACCAACUGUGUAACACCAUUGGUUUUCGUGCUCUCCACCGGCUCCGAUCCUAUGGCUUCUUUUCUCAAAUUCGCCGACGAAAUGAAGUAUAUGGAUAAAUUCUAUUCAAUCUCUUUGGGGCAAGGUCAAGGUCCCAUUGCCGAGAGUUUAAUAGAGAAAAGUUUGCGUCUAGGACACUGGGUAUUCUUGCAAAACUGUCAUUUAGCCACCUCGUGGAUGCGUCAAAUGGAGACCAUUGUUCGUAAUAUCACUUUGGGUAUUAGCAAAGCACACGACGAUUUCCGCUUAUUCCUCUCGUCCAUGCCCACAAAGAACUUUCCCAUCAGCGUACUACAAAACUCUGUGAAGCUGACAAAUGAGCCGCCAAAAGGCAUUAAAGCCAAUGUGUUGGGCGCUCUCAACGAUUUGGAGAGAACAUUCUUCGAGAAGCAUGCAUUGCAUGAGAAAUGGCGUGCGAUUGUCUUCGGCCUCUGCAUGUUUCACGCUGUCAUUUUGGAGCGCCGUAAAUUCGGACCACUCGGCUGGAAUAUAAUGUAUGAGUUUAAUGAAAGUGAUCGUGAUUGCGGUUUGAAGACAUUGGAAUUCUUUAUAAAUCGCCAGAAGGCAGAAGAAAUACCCUGGGAUGCUAUAUUUUAUAUAAAUGGUGAAAUCACAUGGGGUGGACGUGUCACGGAUUAUUGGGAUCAACGUUGCUUGAAAACUGUGCUGAAGACAUUCUCAUCGCCCAGAAUUAUUGAAGUUGGUUACAAGUAUUCACGUGGUGAUCCCUAUUAUUGUGAUCCACAAAAGCUAACUGUAAAUGAAUAUAUAAAAUAUGUACAGAACUUCCCGACUAUAGAAGAUCCGGAGAUCUUUGGUAUGAAUCAAAAUGCAAAUAUUGUAUUUCAAACGAAAGAGACAAAUUUCUUUAUCACCACACUGUUGUUGGGACAGCCACGUGCUGCGGCUGAUGAAGGACAGGCGGCAGAGAAUGAGACUGUGCAGGAUGUUAUUGAGUAUAUUCAAGGUGUCUUAAUAACCAAGAUUAAGCGCGAUGAGCUUAAUGAGUCUUUGACUGAGUUGGAUGCCAAAGGUCAACUGCCCUCCCUCACCACCGUGCUUGUGCAGGAGAUUGAUCGCUAUAAUAUCAGCUUGAAGAUACUACACGAUAGUCUGGUGAACCUUUCGAAGGCGAUUAAAGGUCUGGUCGUCAUGUCCGAGCAAUUAGAGGAAGUCUUCAAAGCUCUGCUAACCAAUGUGGUACCCAAUUUGUGGGCUAAGAAGAGUUUUCUCUCCAUCAAACCAUUACCGAAUUACAUCGUGGACUUUCAGCGACGUGUUGAAUUCAUACAAAACUGGGCGCGUAAUGGUGCGCUGCGUUCAUAUUGGCUAAGCGGCUUCUACUUUCCGCAAUCCUUUCUCACCGGCCUCCUACAGACGCACGCACGCAAGCGUGUACUGCCUAUCGAUUCGCUGAAGAUUGAUUUUAAACUUUUCGACAUGACCAUUAUACAACAGGCGGUUUUUGAGCGACGCACUAGUGGUAAAGAUUACAAUGCACUCUACGGCCAACUACCCGUGUCUGACGAAUCUGGCGUCAAUGUGCAUGGCAUAUUUAUAGAGGCCGCACGUUGGGAUUUCCAGAAGGGCGGUCUGUGCGAUGCCGAGCAUGGUGAAUUGUUUAGUCGCCUGCCGGUGGUACGUUUCAUACCAUGUUUGUCUAUCGAGCCAGGCGAUCGCUAUGAGGCGCCACUAUAUAAGACACAAGCUCGCUCCGGCGUUUUAUCUACCACCGGCCAUUCGACCAAUUUUAUACUGUCCAUUCUGUUGGAGAGCAAGUAUCCACCUGAUUUUUGGAUUUUGCGCGGCACUGCUUUGGUUUCUGCGGUGGCUGAUAAUAUUUCGUAAGCGCGAAAUAUUUUAUGUUGACUUCAGUCUAUUUUUGUUGUUGAUUUAUUUUUUUUUAAUAAAAAAA